AUGUCCCAGAGUCACUGCCACUCGCUCAAGAGCUCCUACAGUGUCCCACCACUCUCUGCCAUCGUGCAUGGGUCUAAUCCUGUAAGCUUUGAAGAUGGAUUUUUUCUACCCAGCAGCUGCCAUGGCAGGACCUGGCUCUUGGACAACUUUCAAGAAGCCUGCAGUGAAACCACCAGCAGCCAAGUGCCCAACUGUGAACGGGAGCUGUGUACAGAGGACAGUGGUGUACAACGUGCUUGCCUCCACAGAGUUACCCAAACUACUUGUUCUAGUUUCAGGCCCCAUGCAAAGACAACCUACAAACCAGAAAGUUCUUCGGCAGUAUUGAAGUGUGUUUCUCAGCCUUGUCAAUCAGGAAGCAGCCAGCGAAAGGGUCUUGUAAUCCAGAACUGUCAGCCUGUGAGCUAUGCAGCAAAGUGUUGUCCACCCAAGACUUAUGUGUCGAAGAGUUGCCGAGCUCUGGCACAUGAAUCCAGUCAAUGCCAGACUCAGAGCCCUGAAUCCAGUUCCUGCAAACCACUGGUCGUCACAACAGGGCCACAAUUCCUGGAAGCUUCUAAUAAUUAUGAGCCAACUUGCUGUGUUACUGGUGGUUUGCAAUUGCCUAGUAAGUGA